ACCCAUAGGCCCCAGCGUUGGGGCCCGGGUCUGCGACUUGGGCGCCAGGCCACGACUGUGCGGAGGCUCCCUGCAUGGAAGUACUGCUGGGGAGUCACGACGGUGCUGUGCUGGACAGCAGCGGCGAGGUCCAUCGUGCUCGGCCCAUCUACUGUGAUUCCUCCAAUUCCAAGUUUGAAAGCAACUUCACGAUCAAGCACUCGGUGCCCCUGCGUAGCCUGUGGGUGUCUGCCUACCUGGAGAGGUCCAGGAGAGCCACCAGCAGAGACCGGAGGUCACUCAUUGUAGGCUGGUCCAGGAAAAGCUUCGUGGUCACUUUCUCGUAA